GAAUAAUGAACACCCCGUCAACAUGUACAAGGCCGACCGUUGAUCAGCGCCGUAAUUUCGCUGAUACCGGCUUGAACCAACAGACGAGGCGAGCACACAGCCAUGCGCUUUCAAGAACGUCGUACCUCGCUCCGUUCGGCAACAGUGCUUUCCUUCGCACAAUGGCAAAAUCAUGGAUUGUUUACCAACAGCUGGCUUGGAGAUGCGUCUGUUUGGAUCUAAACGCUAGGAAAUAAGGUCGACAAGUUCCUGAGAGGUGCCCCUUUUUGGCGAACAAUGCCUACGUCAAGGCGGGGCCUUGUGGCCCCACAGAACACCUUCUUGGAGAGCAUAAUCAGAAGAUCCGCCGUCCAACAUAGCAACUUCAUCUUGUCUAAUGCACGAGUUGUCGGGUACCCCAUCGUCUAUAGUAAUGAUGGAUUUUGCAAAAUGACAGGACGCACACGGGCUGACGUCAUGCAGAAGAGCAGUACCUGUAACUUUAUGUAUGGGGACUUAACUGAUAAAGAGACCAUUAAGAAGGUGGAGAAGGCGUUUGAGGACCAGACGCCUGUGCAGGUGGAGCUUGUCAUAUACAAGAGAAACAGGACACCGAUGUGGUCGCUUCUCCAAAUAGCUCCCAUCCAAAAUGAGAAGGAUCAAAUCGUACUUUUUCUAUGCACAUUCAAAGACAUCACGUCCCUCAAGCAACCGAUCGAGGAUGAAAAUGCAAAAGGACUAAGCAGAUUUGCCCGGCUGGCACGAACCGUGACGAGGAGUAAAUCGGUUCUCGUACAAGUGGCCCAGCAUCUGCCAAAUAUGAAGUCAGAACAAAGCACCCAAAAUCAAAUAUCGCAGAUCGCUCAUAUGAUGAGCAUAGAUGCCGAGGUCUUGCCGCAGUACAAGCGAGAAGCGCCCAAGACACCGCCUCACAUAAUUCUUCAUUACUGCACGUUCAAAAUAAUGUGGGACUGGGUUAUACUUCUACUCACCUUCUAUACAGCUGUGGCUGUGCCUUUGAAUGUUGCCUUUCAAACACAAACUGCCAAGGACUACAUCAGUAUGGUUGUAGAUGGCAUUGUGGACAUCGUCUUCUUUAUUGAUGUCAUACUAAAUUUCCACACAACCUUUGUCGGGCCCGGGGGAGAGGUUGUUUCUGACCCCAAGGUCAUUCGUAUGAACUAUCUCAAGUCUUGGUUUAUCAUCGACCUCCUUUCGUGCCUACCGUAUGAUGUCAUCAAUGCGUUUCAACAGCAAAACCAGAAUUUGAGCAGUAUAUUCAGUGCAUUGAAGGUAGUGAGGCUCCUCAGACUUGGCCGUGUCGUCCGGAAACUGGACCACUACAUUGAAUACGGUGUUGCCUUUUUGAUACUUCUGAUGUUGUCAUACAUGCUAUUCGCUCAUUGGGCUGCUUGUAUUUGGUAUUCCAUCGGAGUAAGCGAUGCAAGAAACAACCUAACCCAAGGUUGGCUGUUCAAGUUGUCCAGAGAUGUUGGAUACCCGUACAGUUACGACGAAGAGGGGAACUUUGAUCCGGACAGCGGACCGCCCGUAACCAUGAAGUACAUCUCGUCGCUGUACUACACAAUGAGCAGUUUUACAAGUGUUGGCUUUGGCAAUAUUGCAGCUGUUACAGUGCUUGAAAAAGUCUUCACAAUCCUGAUGAUGGUCGUGGGAUCUCUUCUGUACGCCACCAUUUUUGGUAACGUGACCACAAUAUUCCAGCAGUUUACGCACAACACUGCCAGAUACCACGACAUGCUCAACAAUGUCAAAGAGUUCAUGAAACUCCAUCAAGUUGACAAGAGCUUAUCGGAGCGAGUGAUGGAUUAUGUUGUCUCCUCCUGGUCUAUAAAUAAAGGGAUCGAUUCUGAAAAGGUUCUAAGCUACUGCCCUAAAGACAUGAAAGCGGACGUAUGUGUCCACUUGAACAGGAGUGUCUUCAGCGAGCACGCUGGCUUUCGCCUGGCCAGCGAAGGUUGCCUACGAGCCUUAGCCAUCAAUUUCACAAUGAGCCACAGUGCUCCAGGAGAUCUCCUAAUUCACGUCGGUGAGAGUGUGGACUCAUUAUGGUUCGUUGUGUCCGGGUCAUUGGAAGUAAUACAAGAUGAGGAAGUGGUGGCCAUUUUAGGAGCUGGCGAUGUCUACGGAGACGCUUUUUGGAAAGACAACUCGCUGGGUCAAGCAGCCGCUAACGUCAAGGCUCUCACGUACUGCGAUCUGCAUAGCAUCAGACGAGAUGAUCUCAUGGACGUCUUGAACUUCUACCAAGCCUUUGCGAAUUCUUUUGCGCGUAACAUGGUUCUGACGUACAACCUCAGGCACAGGUUGGUGUUUCGGAAGGUAGCGGAUGUUAAACGGGAACAGGCAGAGGCCGAGAAACGAAAAAAUGAACCACCCAUCCCAGCAGAUCAUCCUGUGCGAAAAAUGCUCAACAAGUUCCGUAAGCUGAGUGACGUGCCAGAGAAGCGAACUGCCGGAGCAGGAAAUGACGUGGAGAAAGGGGAGAAUGAUAUAGGCUCGCUGUCAGUUCUGGCCAGGAUGAAAGGGCCCAUGCUAACAAGAGUGCCUGAAAGUAAUGACACUUCUAAGAUGAACAGAACUGCGAAACACAGGCCGACCGCUCCGAAGGAAGCAGCUCCUGCGCAGACUGCUAAACCAGCGUCCAAAUGGGGAGCUCUAAAAAACCCCAACCAGCUCCGCAAGACAGAAUCGACAGAUAGUGGGAUAUUGCGUAGUGACCAGAAGCUAGAUGAAAUAGGCCGCCAUGAUAGCAAGGAAGGUACAAGCUCAAUGAGUACGUCAUCCACUGACCAACAGCUUCUGACGAGUUUAAUGGAAAUAAAACUGGAACUUAAGGAGGAAAUUGAGCAUCUCAGCGUCAAGAUGAAUAGACUCGACGAGCAGAUAGGAGAUAUCAUCAAGUUCUUUUCCCCGGAAUCAUCUCCUUAUUCAUCCAGUGUACCAAGUUCAAACAGCUCUCGCGUAAGCUCGAUGAAUGAAGUGGCCAUUGCCUCGCCACAGAAGUCCCCAAUCACCGUAAAAGUACGUGAGCACGCAGACACUUUUACUGUGUCUAGUCCUCCAGCAUCGGGCUUGGGCUCCAAAUCAGUGACUGGCUCGGGGUCCUCAGGGACAAGUAACGAGAAGAAAAGAUCAGCUGACAGGAGGAACUCUAAUGGUUCGAGGAGUUCUGCUGGGUCAAGGCAUUCGAGCUCUAGCGAGGCUCGGCGAACGGGUACGCCGACGUCUCCUCCGGACACAAGAGGUCCUCCCCCCGUUGAAAGCACUAACAUUUUGGCUCUUCUUGAUCCAGACCUCCAGCGUGAAUCCUUCACUGACAUCGAGUCCCCACCCAGCCCAGAUGCACAUGUGCCACAGUUUUAAUUAUCUCACGACACUGUUGUUGUAUGUAGUGUGUGAUAGUUACACUAAUAAUUUUCACUAUAAUGACGUCACUAAAUUUGUAAUAUUGUAAUCAUAAAAGUUCUACUGAGUGGACCUAUAUGCAAUGAUACCUCGUGCCCAUGUUGUGAAUAUGAAGACUGGAGUGAUGUGCAGUUGCUUGCGCGGUAUGACCGCAGACACGCCUUUUAUUUUUUAAUGAAAAAGUAAGUUAAAACGCAACUGGUAUCAAUUUACGCCUUAUAACGAUUGUUGAAAUCAGUAAUUAAUUUCAUCAUGUAUCAAACAAAGUGCAAUGAAAUCGAAAGGAAGAAAGUGUUACCACACAAUGAUGAAACUUUAUCUUUUGAAUCUUUUAACGAGCACAAUGAACAACUGCAAAGGUACUGAGAGAAGUUAAAGUUGCACGAAACUAUUUUUGGGAAUGGUGGAUGACUAAAGCAAUAAAAUGAUUAUGUAGGUGGUGUACACGGACGAGUUUUAUAUGUAGAACUGCUAGAGUGUUAACGUGCAAACUUUGUGACUUUUGGAGACCUCUCACUGAACUUGUCUAAACCUGUUCAGGAUGUGACUUUAUCCAUUCCCCAGAAUGUAAUUUUUGUCCACGCGGAGCGGUCAAUGAAAUAAUUUGUCGGAAUUUCCUGUUGGAUGACAAGAGAAAUAUCUUGUGGGAUUCAUAUUACUCAAACAUUCACGGAUAAAAUGUCCUAGUUCCUAGCGUGACUUUUCUUUUCUUUCAUUUCGAAGCUCAGUGGACCAAAACCAGAUCAUAACACGAUGGCCCUCAAAAUGUAAAUUACAAAACGACUCUAGGAAAGGGUCUCUCUCUAAAUAAUGCAUGACAGAGUGAUUUGUUUGAAUGACAGCUGAGGGUUCGAUUUAAUUAGGGAGUCCUAACUUUCGAAUGACGUUCAUGAUUUUUACCGAGCCUUCCUGGUUCAUUCAGCUUGGGUGUCCUGCAAUCUAAUUCAACUGCAUGCUUAGCCAGUUUGCUAUUGUGAAGAAGUAAACUAAGGUAGUUUUGGAUGACGGAAUUGAUCAACUCUAUAGAGAAAAGAACUUCAGGGAAGACCAGGAAAAAUCCUACAAAGUAACUAUUCAAUGCAUACCAUUAUUUUGAAAUUUAUUUGUGUGAUUCUCUUCUGAUGUCUGAUUCGUUUUUCGGCUCUACCCUUUUUUCGUGUAAUUAGUUCCAUUUUCAUUAAAAUAAUAUACACAUAAAAAAUGAUAUUUUUUGUAUUGAAUGCUGUUUUUAUUUAACUUGUAUCCACAUUUUAUUAAUGUCAUGGAAACCUUUCGGCGCCUCAUUGUCAACUGUAAUCUUGGCAUCUGUUGUUGUUAUCACUUGAAUGACGCCAUACCAAGCUUGGGCACAGCACGCAUGUCGUUGCUGGAGUCAGUGCGCCGCUGUUAAAUACAUAGCUGUAUUUUAUUUAUUAUUUUUUUCAAACAAAAAUUUCUCGGCAACACAGCAACGUCAAACCAUGUACACUGGCCCGUCUUGAACAAUGUCCAAAUAUCAAGUGUACAGUGCUGCCUUCAAGAUGUCUGCUUUUAAGAUGGAAAUAGGAGAGCAAAUAUACCGGCCCUUGAAUCUUGAAGAUAGAAAAUCUAACCAUUUCGUAUUUUUACAGAGUUUUGUCUUUCAUAUCGUGUAUCUUUGCUUUUGAAUUCAAUUGAAAUCAUUUCUUUACUGACUUACAACCUGCCGGUAUAAGAAGGACUUACAUCUCUUAUUAAACUUUUUAACUCAUCGCUGCGCGGCCAUGCGUUAUCGGCUGCUUACAAGCUAUUAUUUGAAUUAAUGUAAUGAGGUAUGCAAAUGUAACGCAAAUACGUCGUAUAAAUCACGAUUGCAGUAUUUUAUUCACCGUGUUAGUCUAGUGCACAACUGCAUGCAAAAAUGCAAUUGGCCUAAGAAGCAAGGAUAAACACGCUAGAAAUAUAAGUUAUAACUUUGUCUUGAAGAAUUCUUCAGAAUAUACCUACAGUGCUUGUUUAUAUCUUUCCCAGGUAACUAUUUUCUUGGUCAGUCUGACACUUACAUCAUAAUAUUCAAUGAACUGAUUUAUACAAUUCAAAAUGGUGAGUUUGAUUUCGACUUUGUAUCACUAGCUUUGUUUUUGUUUGAAGUUCAAAUCACGAUUUACUUUAUUGUUCCUUGUUAAUAUAUAUUUUUCAUGUUUUUUUAAAUUCAAAUUUAUAAAAACAUGAUACAUGAUAUCCUAAACCAGUUAUUCCAGACGUGGGCAAUGCACCUCUCGUAGCUAAUAUUCUUGUAGCUAAUAGUAUUCGUUAAGAGAGGGUGAAUUACGCAUUUUGCUCUAGUAAGUACCCGCUAACUCGUUUGGGAAAAGAUAAUGUUAAAAUAUCAAGAAAUUCUCCAUUUAUAAUGUCCAGUGUAAUUUUCUUGUAAUAUUUUAAUCGAAUCUAUCAACGCAGUAUGUAAAUGUGUGAGUCGCUUAAUUUUCAAAUUAACGUUUGACACUGCUUACAUACCGUACCGCUACGCUGUGAUAGAGUCUGCCACGUCCAUCGCACAGUCGUUAUUCAGUCAUGAGUAAAUCAAUCUAUUUGAAUGAACUUCGCAUGGCAAAGGGAUAACGUACCUUUGUCAUAGCAAUCCUCUAUUGCUUUAGUAUUUGUGAACAGACUUUUGAACUGAAUUGUGAUUGACUUGGGGUUGACCUACCAUUAAAUAGAAGACUGUAUAUGUGUUUUGUAGAUACUGCCUCUUUAUUCUCCUCAAGAUAUUUAUGAAUAUCCACAAAUCUUUCCAAAUAAACUAUUCAAACGUGCGAUUUAUUAGUGUUGCAAGUACAAUUAUAAUAUUUGAAUUAAUGUAUGUCACUUAUUGUAGAAAAUGCCUACAAUUACUCUUUGUGUAAUAUUCAUGUUAUGGGCAAGUGCCUUGUGGGAGGAAUAAAAUGGAGUUGACAUUUGCGCUUGUGCGAAUGUAAUAAUGAAAAUUGUUUAUAUUGACUCGUGUACAGCACUGUAAUUGAGAUGACUUACUACACUACUUGUGUCUUUCGGAUAAUGGUAAAGAGAAACUUUGUCUUCACUCUUUGAUAUAUUUUAAAGAUACAGAUAUCUGAUCAUGUCAACGUAUGUAUGACGACAGUUGCUUAGUUUGUUUCUAAAGGGCUGAUACACUGUGCAAGUGGGAAAACAAUCCACAUAAACGGUUAGUUUUCCAUACCUAAUUUUAUUAUACGGAUAGAUUUUGAUCUAAAAUUACAAAAAAACAACAUUCGCUACAAAUGAUGGUUUGUCCCUCUUUCAUUGACCUGUAGAUCCAAUAUAUCUUGUACACAAAUUGAGGAUGUAAAGAUAAGAUAUAUACAGUUAUCAAAUUACAUCAAAAUAUUAAUUGGCCAUCGUAGCUUGGAUUUUAACUCGAACAAUUUGAAGAGAACUCUACAAAAUAAUACAUCGUCAUUAUGCAAAAUGCCGGUGGUUAUGCAAACUCCCAACCUCCAUAACAUGGUUUAGCGAUGUUGUUCAAAACUGGUUAGUUUGCAUGUGCACACAGUUAUCUUUCAAAAGUAAACAAACUGGCAUGAUUUGCACUCUCAAAACCUGUAUGUAGCUACUGAACACAAUUUUGCCAUCACUUUGUAAACAUGUUUAUAUGCUAAACAUUUGGCGUCCGAUUCCCUAAACACCAAUGUCCGAUGGGGAAACACUAUUCAUCAAAAUUGUUUAAACACGUCUAGCAUAUAAAUAUGUUUAAGGCUAAACAAUUUUUUCAGUGCGUCUAUGCUGAUAUUUUCUAUUGCUCAUAACAUUUGCUGUCGUUACUGAUUUUGAAUCCGAACUGUACUUUCUAAGUCAGUGUUAUGAAUAGUUUGCGUGUACUCAAUAGAUGUUUCACCGCAAAAGGACCUAAUGUUGCACCUCACAAACGCACGAGGAGUUUCCUGUUUUACAAUGACACUUUCAGAAGAGAUAGCGUAAUCAAAUUAUCAGUUUCAUUUUUUUCCUACUAUGUAUUUGUAUUUCUACUGAGAGCCUAAGUUUACGGAAACAGAGUUUAAUAUUUAUUGUUAACAGUUACUUUCUUUAAUCUGAUUGGGUUUGCAAUUCCAUAUUUUUUUAUGAUGGUGUUUGUCGGUAAAAUUGCAUUCCUUCCGAUUAGUUGAUGAUAACAUUUUAGAAAAUCUUGAAGAUAUUGGCCAUUGUCAGAGUUCUCUAAGUAGGCUUCCUCAAACAUUUCCAACUCUUUGAAUGAGAUUAACACCCCUAGAUUUGUCGUGUCUGACAAGAAGUUUAAACAAUUCACGUUCGAGUCUUUUGAGCUAAGAACAUGUUUCCUUCAUUCUCUCAUUUGAUAAGGACUUGCAUAUAACUGUUUAGCUUGUAGCGAGGUCAAGGCUCAUUGGUAUGUUAUAGUUGCAUUCAUUGAACUUGAUAUUACGUUUUGGGAAAGAGACACAGAAUUCUUAAAAAAAUCAUAGUAUGGAGAAGGUAUGCUUAUCAAUGCUUCCAGGAAAAUAGCAACUCGGUGUUUGGUCUGCAAAACUAGCGUAUGUAAUUCACGGUUUACAUUCACUUGAUCGGGUCUUUAAAAAUUAACAAACGUAUGAUUAAGCUUCAUUAAGUGAUCAUACUAGGUAUGUCAUUUUCCAAAACACGACUCCUUUUAAAUUCUGAUAACAAACAAAGGUAGCCUAAAUGGGGUUACAAAGUUCACUUAAGAAUCUUUCAUUCGUUACCAGGAGAGUUGCAAGAUAUCUAUUGUAUUUCUAAUAUUUUAAUUCUAUAGAAGAGAAUUACUUUUGCUGUCUUCAAAAGAGAUGAGAACUUAACGACUUUACCAACUAUACUCACUUUUACUUUAUUUCAAAUAUUUUAUCCCACAUUCACUUCCGUAUCCUGUGUAGACUAUAAAAAAGAUUCGCCUUGGAAAGAAUGCAAUUUUUUUAUGUACAUUCCAUGUUCUAUUCUUAACCGAACCUGAUGCCACUGAAACAUGUGCACAUUAGAUGACAAUAAAUGACUGUUUAUGGACAGGUUUACAACAUAAA